AAAUAUUUAGAGGUUAAAGGCCAGCUUUUAAUAUGGUGGAAGGGAGACAUAGCAGAAACAUUGCUGAUACGGUGUUGCAGAUCCAUAUUGCAAUCAUAUAACUUGAGGAUUUUAUUUUAUUUCUUCAGCAUUUCAAUAAUGGAGUUGAAGGUUCCUUCUGUCCCUUUGGCCUUGGUUAUAUAAAUUUGCACUUAUGCUAGAAAUUGAUCAUAAACUGAAAAUAUUCUCUGCUUUGUAAUUCAAAAGCUAGGCCUUCGUCUUUUCAAGAUUUCAAUCAAGAAAGAAAGAUGGAUGCCUCUGCUUUGAACCCAAAAAACUCUCAUCAUGUUCGCUCGAACAGCUUGCCCUCAAAGCCACACCCAUUCAUUGAUCAAGUUGAUGAGCAGUUAUGCAGAUUGAAGGAGGUUUCAAAAGCUACAUCUUCUUCAUCUGAACUAUGCCAUAAACUAAAUGACCUUCAGGAUUUGCAUGAUUCCAUUGAUAGGAUGCUUCUGUUGUCUCACACCCAACAUAUUCUUGUUGAAGAGAGCGAUAAGAAAUCUUUCAAUGAUUUACUUGAAGGAUCUAUCAAACUAUUGGAUUUGUGUGACAUAGCUAAGGAUGCAUUAUUGCAAUCAAAAGAAUGUGUGCACGAACUAGAAUCCGUUUUGCGCAGAAGACGGGGAGGUGAAAUGUUCAUAGCAAGUGAGGUUCAGAAAGGCUUAAGUUCUAGGAAGUUGAUAAAGAAAACAAUCAAUAAAGCCUUGAAGGCAAUUGAAACCAAAAGUUGUGAGAAAAGUCAAGCCUCUUCAGCCAUUGUUAGCUCGUUGAAACAGGCCGAAGUAGUUGGCUACAACGUUGUCAAAUCCUUAUUAUCUUACCUAGCAGGCCCCAAGUUUUCAUCAAAUUCGAGCCAUUGGUCUCUUGUUUCCAAGCUUGUGCAAUCCAAAAGGGUAGCUUGUGAAGUUGAAGAAACAAAUAGAAAUGAAGUGGCACUGGUUGAUGCUGCAUUACAUUCAAUUGCCUCUCAAAAAACAAAGAAAUCUGAUUUCCGUGUUCAAGUUGACAACUUACAGAACGCAUUGAAGAUAUUUGGUUCAAACAUUGAAGACCUUGAAGGCGAUCUCGAGGCUCUAUACAGGCAUCUUAUUAAAACUAGAGUUUCACUUCUCAAUAUCUACAACUACUAAGCUUGAAAUUUCAGAUAGAAGUAUGAUGGCCAAUCUCAUGAGAAUCCAUUUUUGUAGAUUGUAAAAAACAGUAAAUAUACAAACACUAUUCUCAAUUUGUGGCUUCAGCAA